ACAGGAUAUAGAGGAGAAAUAAAGAAGGAGAGAAAGAAAGGAAAGAAGAAGAGGUGGAGAAAAGCGUGAGCUGCGCGCAGGGUUGGAGCCGUUAUUUGAUCGCUGAACAACAAAACCAUGCAAAGGAGGAUUUUUCAAACCGGUGAAAACUUCUCCUCACUCACCUAAAGCCUUCAGCUCUCACUCAGAAUUCACCUAAACUCCAGCAAAUUCGGAUUUUAACCGGAUUUCGCGGAUGCGUCGAGCGCACCGGACCUAUCCAGGGGUGUAGCCGUGGUGCUUCUCGUGCGUCUUUACGCCGGUAGAGGCUGUGUGUGUGAGCGUGUGUGUGACAGAGCUGGUGAAGGAUCAGCCGGAGUGGCCGACCAGUCAGAAGGAUGCUGGAGGGCAAUGCCUGCAGAAAGAGAGGAUGAGAUUUGUCGAAAGGCGCUGGAACUGCUCUCCGACCUGUGCUCCAAGGGAGAGGUGCAGGACGACAACUGCCUGGAUUUCAUUUACUACUUCAGGGACUUGGCCAGACCGCGUUACACGGACUCAGGUGGACGGGGAGGAAAGGGAGUACAGCGAAGAUGGCUGUGUGAAGGAGCCUUCCGGGCUCCCCUCGGCUGUGGCUGUCCCAGAGUCAGCCCUAAAGAUAAGCCACACCUCGCCUGACAUCCCACUGGAGACCCAGACCAAGGUGGAGAAAAACCAGGUCCACACUCUGGCCAGGGACAGGGUCCAGAGACAGAUUACUGAGCCUACCUCAUCUGUACGGCACAACUCCAUCCGUCGUCAGAUGAACUUGUCCAAUCCGGACUUCAACCCUGCUCAGUUCCAGCGUCAGGAGUCUCUGUCUGGUUUGGGCCGAAUCAAACCAGAACUCUACAAGCAGCGCUCUGUGGACGCAGAAGAUGCUCGUCGCACCGAUAGCUGCGGGCGUCUCCACUUUGUCCUGAAGUUUGACUUUGACCUUGAGCAGCUGAUUGUGAAGAUCCACAAAGCCCAGGACCUUCCUGCCAAGGACUUCUCAGGGACCUCCGAUCCUUAUGUCAAGAUCUACCUGCUACCUGACCGCAAAACCAAGCACCAGACCAAGGUGCACCGCAAGACACUCAACCCUGUGUUUGAUGAGGUGUUCCUCUUCCCUGUGGCGUACACCGAGCUGUCGAGCCGUAAGCUACACUUCAGUGUCUAUGACUUUGACAGGUUCUCUCGCCAUGAUUUGAUUGGCCAAGUGGUGGUGGACAACUUCUUGGAUCUUGCCGACUUUCCUCGGGAGACUAAACUGUGCCGGGACAUACAAUAUGUGACCUCGGACAAUGUGGACCUGGGAGAGCUGAUGUUCUCGUUGUGCUAUCUCCCCACGGCUGGCAGGCUCACCAUCACCAUGAUCAAAGCCAGAAAUCUCAAAGCCAUGGACAUCACUGGAGCCUCAGAUCCGUAUGUGAAAGUGUCCCUGAUGUGCGAUGGCCGGAGGCUAAAGAAGAGGAAGACGUCAACCAAGCGUAACACUCUGAACCCGGUGUACAACGAAGCCAUCGUGUUCGAUGUUCCUCCUGAGAACAUCGACCAGAUCAGCCUGCUCAUAGCUGUCAUGGACUAUGAUCGGGUCGGACAUAACGAAGUGAUCGGGGUGUGCAGGGUGGGCAAUGAGGCAGAGAGUCUGGGGCGAGACCACUGGAGUGAGAUGCUGACAUACCCACGGAAACCCAUUGCACACUGGCACCCUCUCAUAGAGUGGGUCGGACAAGGAGCAGUCGGCAGUGGAAGCCAAGGAGGAUCCACCAAUUCCCUGAAGACACCUCCAUCGCCAUAGCCACACACGCACACAGACACACACACACACACAAAACACACACACACACACUCACACUCAUGCACAGAGCCUCAGGGUGGUAGAAUGAUGGAUGAUGGACCUGCAGACUCAAAUGUUAAAACAUAGAGUACAAGGUGUAACUAACAAGCGACUGCAGUAGUAACAUCAGCUAAAAGCCAUCACACACACACACACACACUGGUGUGUCAAUAGAUUGAACAAGGCUUUAGUGUGCUAAAGCUGCCACAAAGGCUAAUCCACACCUUUUACUUCCUCUGUCUUCACAACCAAAAAAACACUUAACUACAUUCCAACUGAACUACUACAGUACUUUCAUUAGUUAUUUUAUAUUAACAGGUUGUACUAACAGGCUGAGAGGUUGAGGUUAUCUAACAGGCCAAGCUUUUUUUUGUUUGUUUGUUUAUUUUAGCAAAUUACAGUUUGUGGACCACUAAAAUCAUAAGUUUUUAGUUCAAUGUGUGAAGCUGUGACUUGUAAUUGAUGUGAGUGAUCAGCUAUCAUAGAAAAAGUAUUAGUUAGACAGGUGAGGUUACAAACAGAGAGGGCAUUUCAGAUCAAAGUCUCUGCUCUUUUGAACACUUGUAUGACUGUCAGACAUUCAAACUGCAUUGGCUGAGCAUUGCCUGAACUCUGUGGCAGCCACAGCAGAACUAAGCAUAACAGAUUUUCUAAUUGUAAACCUUAGUUUUACUUCGAUGGGCAACUUUCUCACAGAAAACUUCCUGGCAAGAUGUAACCUGAAGAGGAUUUGCUCCAAGAAUGUGUAAAGCAGCUAACAGAUGACACAUAAAGUGAUUUAUUUAUUGCAUGUUAAAUUGUCAUACUUUGUUAACAGGGUGUGGUCAAAAUACAGAAAACGCUGAUCAGUCUCCAACGUAGUGUCAUUACUAAUUGUAUUACUGGUUUGUUACAAUGUGAGCAAUAUAUUUGCAGGGAUGGAAAGAUGCUGGAAAAUAGUAAAAGUACUGUUACUUUAAAGACAUUUUACUUAAGUAAAAGUAAAAUUAUUGUGUAAAAAUAGUGACAACCGCAGAUUAUCAGUUAAAGUAAAGAACUUCCUUCCUCAGUUUAGUCUUACUAGAUUUAACCAUAAAAGAGAAAUAAACUCAAACACCAAUCAUACACAAUACAUAGACUGUGGACUCCACUGUGGACACUUCUUAUUGAAUUAGCAGCAGAAUAAAGGAUAACUAACAGGGUGUGAACUACAGGGGCUAUUAAGACAUGAUAAUAAGACACGAUUUAUGAAAUUUGGGGGGUCUCUAAAAUAUUGACAAUGUGCCAUUUUUGCUCUGCAUUUCUCUUCUUGUGUAUCUUUAUGAUCAUGGAUUGUGUGUAAAAUUAGGCUAUUUCUGAUGUAUGUUUGUGAUUAUUAUAUUUCAAAUGUGCUGACAUAAAGCAAGUAGGGCUACAUAAUUGUACCCCCCCUGAAGAGACCCAGAAACAACCAGUCUUCUUAUGCUGCUGGUCUACCUGGCACCAAGUUGUAUGUGUUUUAGUUUAGGCAAUUUGAAUAAACACAGUGUUUGGAAUAUGUACCAUGUUAACACAAAAUAAGCUAAAAUAACUCAUAAUAAUUAAGAUUUUAAAACAGUGCCCAUCUGCAGGACGAGGCCAAAAUAUGGUGGAUUUCUACUUAAAGCAGCCUUAGGUCUAGCAAGCAUUUGCCUAUUUACACAUCCAGCAGACACGGAGCAGGAGCAUUCAUCUGCAGUCGUGUUUCUGGCCAUCUGAUGAAUGAAAGUCUAGUAUUUGCUCUCUUUCUAGCUCUCUGUCUUUGGUCUUUGCCAAUUCUUAAGGGACGCCUCUUUAGUGGCUAAAUGCUCCACUCCACUGCAAAUAAAGUGGUUUAGAUAUUCUGGAUAAACCGUCGGCUCAUUAGUCUGACUGCUUGAUUUUUUGCAAUGUCGACAUGUUUCCAGAUCUCAGCAAGUAUUUUGGGGAAUACACUGUUAUCAUAUCACAUCAUUAAGACAUUUCCCCCCUGUCAGUAUUUCUGAUUCUGAUUCUGAUUCUGAUAACUAAUUUAAGUGAUGGACAAAACUAUAGGAAUGUUUUAUGUUUUAUGACCAACAUCAUUCUUAUCAAACUAGUGGGUAAAUACUAGGGAUUGACCAAUAUGUUAGUUUCAGGAGCGAUACAGAUAUUGAUUAGUAAGUUGUACUUACUCGAGUAUUUCCAUUUCCCCGUAUGUGGUACAGCAGCCUGCAGUGUCAAUAGGCUAUUACUUGUAAAGUGUCAGAUAUUGAGUGAGACUACAGACAGACAAACAGACAGACAGACAGGCUACAUCAGAAUGAAAGCAGCACAUUUUAAAAUUAAUUUAUUUUCAUGGAAUAAAAUAAAUAAUGAUUCCGAUAUUCUGAAAAAUGUUGAAUAUUGGACCAAUAAUUGGCCAGGCUGAUAAUAGUAAUAAGUACUGGUGCCUUUUUGAUGGGGGCUUGUCACUGUAAAAGGUUCCCAUUUAGAAAAAAGUCCAAUUAAUAAUACAGAUGAUCACUCAUUAGUGAUUACUGUUAGCUUUGCCAUGAAAUGAGUAUCUUGAUUGUUUCUAUACUGACACACUUGCAGCAGCCCUAUUGGACUUACAUGUUUUUUUUCCUUCAAUUUUAGACCACACCCUGUGGUUGUUUUAAUAAGCCAGUGUUUUUUGAAAUUCAAAUUAAUACCAGUAUUGUUUAUGUCUUUGUAUUGGACACUGUCACAAAUAACAAUUUCUUCUGUGUUUGUAGGUACAAUGCAUGCAUCAUUUUUCUGUGAGUCAUUUUUA